AUGAGACUGCUGAACACCAGAUCUCUCGAAUUCAGUUGUGUGUACGUUCCUAACAGAGUACCGGACUACGUAAUCUUAUCCCAUCGCUGGGGAUCAGAGGAGGUCACAUAUGCCGAUAUUAUACAAGCUCCACUCUCCGAGCCAACAAGUGUGACACGCAACAAAUCUGGCUUCUUGAAAGUACAGGGAGCAUGUACACUAGCUCUUCAGAAUGUAUACGAGUGGAUAUGGAUCGACAGUUGUUGCAUUGACAAAUCAAGCUCAGCUGAACUACAGGAGACUAUUAAUUCGAUGUGGAGAUACUACAAGGAUUCGAACAUCUGUUUCGCAUAUUUGGAAGACGUCGUGGAUUCGGAAGCAGGCUGGGGCAUUGAUCAGCCUGUUGGCAAGAGCGAGUGGUUCACCCGUGGUUGGACCCUACAGGAGCUCAUCGCCCCGCAUAGCGUGGAAUUCUACUCGUCAAGGUGGCAACAUAUUGGCACUAAUCUUGAAAAAUACCAGGAGAUUGCAGACAUCACUGGUAUCGAUCGCGGUGUUCUGUGCAAUGAUUGGCACAUCUCGUCUUUCAGCACAGCAGAGAAACUGUCCUGGGCAGCUCAUCGAGCAGUGACAAAGGAGGAAGAUGAGGCCUAUUCACUUUUCGGCCUCUUCGACGUCAAUUUGCCACUACUCUAUGGAGAAGGCCGAUUGAAAGCUUUUUUUCGACUCCAGGAAGCCAUAUAUGACACUACAUCGGAUCACACGGGAUUCUUGUAUCUCCACAGUCGCAAUAGCCAUCGCCAUUCCCUCUUAGCGGAAUCCCCGAGUCAGUUCUGUAAUAGGAAGACCUGUAAACUCUGUCCCGUUCAGAAAGAUGAGAAUUAUUCCCCGUAUUUCUCGUAUGCUGAUCUGGUCGAAUCAGAGAGGUGGCACACACAAGCGCACGAAAAGAUCAUGACUACUGUUACCACGCGGCGGAACGAGGUAUCGACUGUGCUUUCAUUACUGGACUACUCCGAGAUCAAAGACAAAUUGUCUUAUUUCGACAAAGUCACAUUCUGCGACAAUCCCCCCACCCACGUAGCAUUGCUGAACUACACGCUGUCGGCAUACGAGGACGGCGCUCUUUGUCUUCUCCUACGACGGCACCCAGGAUAUGAUGCCACGAUGCGCGUGCAAGUUCUUCCAGCGUUGUUGCCUCGUGUAGAAGACCAUAUUGCACGGCAACUAAAGAAGACAAGGGUCCUCAUCUGCCGUUCAGAGUCAAGCCUUACAGAAAGGGAAAACACUCGGUAUAUGGAGACCAUUUUUUCAGUUGAUUGUGGAUCAUUUCUCAUAGACGCAUUUUUUGCAGUAAGAGGAAGCAUUGAACAGCAAACUGCCCAAGACGGCACCGGGAGAAAGGAAAGAUUUCCACAAAUAGAUAACAACAAACAUUUCAGAGUUCAGGCGGAGCCAGGUAGGUCGACGGUAGAAUGGAAACUCGUCGUCAUGAAAGACGAGACAUUAAUCAUACGGUUGGUGCAAGAAGAUCAGAUUUGGUCAAUAAGAGAGGUCCUCGCACCAAAAAAGAAGGGCAGGAGGGUUACACAGAGAUUGCGGACGUCUCACAAGGCCAAGAAACCUACUGAUCGAUGUGUCGUAACUCUAAGAGACGGAGAACGCCUAUCUGUGAAGCUUCGGCGAUUGCCUGCCUUCGCACGUGGUCAUGCAGAUGGUCAGACAGCAAAGCUACGAUACAUGAUUUCAGUCGAAUCUGAUGUCAAAUAA